GAUUUGCUUCUCUCCUUUUUUUGGAUUUGAAACUCAACACGUUUUGCUGGAUAUGUCGGCAAAGUAGAAGUGGUCCUCUCAAAAACAUUCCCUCAUCUUGUGUCCACUUGCAGUAUACCGAUCACCAAAAUGGAUCUCAGAUCGGACCUGCCCAGCGCCUCCUCCGUCCAGGUCCACCCCGCAGCGGCGGCGGCAGCAGCGGCCGCGGCGGCAGUCUCCAUCCCGGUGUCCAUGGCAGGGAGCCUCCUCCGGGGCCCCCCUCUGCUGCUCCGCGCCGCCGACAAAUACCCCCGCACGCCCAAGUGCGCCCGCUGCAGGAACCACGGCGUGGUGUCGGCGCUGAAGGGCCACAAGCGCUACUGUCGCUGGAAGGACUGCAUGUGCGCCAAGUGCACGCUAAUAGCCGAAAGGCAGCGCGUCAUGGCGGCCCAGGUGGCGCUCAGAAGGCAGCAGGCGCAGGAGGAGAACGAAGCCCGGGAGCUGCAGCUGCUUUACGGCACCGCAGAGGGCCUGGCCCUGGCUGCCGCGAACGGCAUCAUUCCUCCGAGGCCCAGCUAUGAGGUGUUUGGUUCUGUUAACAGCGAAACAAGUAAUUCUGAUUCAAGCGUCCAGAAGUUCGAGUUGUUGUUCCCCAAGGGCCAGCUUUCCGAUCCUUUUCCGCAGCAGCCAGGUGGAAAACCGACCGAGAGUGACUCAACCCCAGGAAUCUCUUCCCCAGACGGCCGUCACAUAGGCUCUGGCUCUGAGAACGGAGACAGUGAAUCCUUCAUAAACUCCCCUGUAGCCAAACCUUUAAAAGAUGACGAGGAGAAUCCAGAAUCCAUCAGUUCUCUCGGUUCAGACUCCGGCUCCGAGACCGACAAAGAUGAACAGGAGCCUUCCCCAUCCUCCGCAGCCUCCAGGCACAUGCACGCCAUCGACAUUCUGACUCGAGUGUUCCCAAGCCACAAACGAAGCGUGCUGGAGCUCGUCUUGCAAGGCUGCGGGAAAGAUGUGGUGCAAGCCAUUGAACAUAUCCUCAACAACGGCGGUUCCAAUGGAGGUAGUUCUGCUCAAGGUGCCAGCAAGAGGCCUGAGGAGACAUGGAGCGGAGACCGACUGCUACAGCAGCAGCCGCAACCUUCACCCACCUCAUCUGCAACAGCCCCGACUCGACCUAUGCUUCCCGGGGCCAUGUCACUCAGUAACCGCUCGGCCUUCUCGCCCCUUCAGCCCAAUGUCCCUCCCUUUGGAGCCGACCCAGGCACCUAUCCGCUGAGCACCCACCUGGGACUCAACCCUCUGCGGCUGGCUUAUUCCGCUCACAGCCGGGGUCUGGCCUUCAUGGCCCCCUACUCUACCACCGGGCUCAUGCCCACUCUGGGCUUUAGACCACCAAUGGACUAUGCCUUCAGCGACCUGAUCCGAGACAGGACAUUGCUGCAUAAGGAGCAGGGCUAUGCCGGUGGUCUUUACGGGCCUCUUGUCAACAACACACCGGAAAAACAGUAACGACAGGCAGUCGCUCAGUCGAGCACACCACUCACAUUGUACACGUGCACACAUUUAAUUGUGAUUGUAGCCACAUGUGUUUGAAUGUUGGCAAAAAAUGUCAUGUGAUUUGGCUGCAGGCAAAAUUAAAAAAAUAUGGCUUGGAGUGAAAAUUACAUACUUUUUACAGUAUGAUUCUUUUUUUUUUUUUUUUUUAAAGUGGUUUAAAAAACAAAAUCAGCAACUCACUUUUUCACAACAAAACAAAGUUAUAAUAAUCCUGUAAAAGUUUCACUAAUUGAUGUU